GUGGAAGAAAAAAAGGUGUAGUAAUUUGCUUAACACCAGCUUCGUGCCUUCUGCUAUAAAUAUGGGAUUCUAAGUUCUUAGCUUCCCAUCUCAAUAGCUCAUUCAGCUUCUUCUUCUCUCUUUUACUAUUAGUUCUUUUGAUUUUUUUUCUCGGUUGCAUUAUUUGUAGCAGAAACAUGGGGUUCUCCCUAACAUUUCAUUAUUGCCUUUUUUCUGUCAUGGUGCUUUUGCCUGCACUGUGUUACUCUCAGGACUAUUUCGUAGGGUCCAGAGCAACUUACUAUGGCAGUCCUGACUGCUUGGGGACUCCAAGUGGAGCCUGUGGGUUUGGAGAAUAUGGAAGGACCGUCAAUGAUGCCAAUGUGGCUGGGGUUUCCAGGCUCUACAAGAAUGGAACUGGCUGUGGUGCUUGCUAUCAGGUUAGGUGCACAAACCCUCAACUCUGUACUGAUAAUGGGGUGAACAUAGUGGUGACUGACUAUGGCGAAGGAGACAACACCGAUUUCAUUCUCAGCCCCCGUGCGUACUCAAGGAUGGCACGAUCAGACACCGCAGCACAGCUGUUUGCCUAUGGCGUAGUUGAUGUCCAAUACCAGAGAAUCCCCUGUCGCUACGGUGGUAAAAAGCUCCAGUUUAAGGUUCAUGAACAUAGCAGAUACCCAAGUUACUUGGCCAUUGUAAUCUUGUACCCAGCUGGCAAAAAUGAAAUCCUAGCCGUUGAUAUUUGGCAGGAGGAUUGUAAAGAAUGGAUAGGAAUGAGGAGAGCGUACGGGGCUGUUUUCGACAUGGCUAAUCCGCCAUUGGGAGAUGUCAGUUUGAGGUUCCAAGUGCGUGGCGACGCCGGUUUGACAUGGGUGCAGGCACCAAAUAUCAUUCCUAGUGAUUGGAAAGUUGGAGUUGCUUAUGAAUCAGAUAUUCAGCUUGAGUAAAGGGCAUCCGAAUUGCACUUAUGAAAAAGAAAGAAUUUUUAAAAGGAAAAUCAGACUACUUGCUGAUUAAUUUCUCAAUUAUAGUUGCUUUGUUUUGUCAUUAAGUACUUGUUUGUAAGACGGCGAAGCGCGGUCAGGCUUUGCCUCGUGAUCAAUUAAAAAAAAAAUAAUUUGGGUACAUGUACUUUUGCUUGAUGUUUGUGUAUCAACCAAUA